AUGUUUAUGGAAAAGAAAGUCCGAGACAAGAUCUACACCACCCUCUUCCAGGAUGGUGUUAUGGUCGCUGAAAAGAUCUGCAAGCGAAACGCUGGCCGAACUCACAAUGACGUCAAGGAUGUCCCAAACCUUUGCGUCAUCAAGGCCUGCCAGUCUUUGACUUCCCGAGGCUACCUCAAGCAGCAGUUCGCGUGGCGACACUUCUACUGGGUCCUCACCAACGAGGGUGUUGAAUACCUCCGAGAGUACCUCAACUUGCCUGCUGAGAUCGUCCCCCAGACCAUGAAGAAGGCGCCAAAGAUCGUCAACGACCGACCACGAGGUGGUGGACGAGUCGGCCUCCCCACCCAGGCCUACUCUCAGGACAACCGAGAUGCCUACCGACGGGAGAAGGACGCUAACGUUGGACCCGGAGAGGGCAACUUCUCCUUCCGUGGAGCUGGACGAGGCAAGCAAUAA